CAGCAUUAAAGGUACAGCACCCAAUUUCGCGGAAUUAUCCAUCCUGGUGUUGUCACACGUGUUAACGUGACGCGAGCGCGAGGCGUUUGAGUAAAUCCCACUCGAACCUUGCGCUGCAUCGAUCCGUCGACUCCAUCAGUAUUCUCAAGAAACUCUCGUCUGCAAGCAUCGAAAUGAGUCUCAACAUCAAUAGAGGAGACAUAAAAGGGCGACUGCAUAAGCACACGCGCUUGUCUUGGCCCCCACGCCGAGUUGAUUCCGCUGAGUGCGAUGUUUCCAGCGCUUAGGCCCGUUUCCCCUCAACCUCGACACCAUGUCUUCAAACGAAGUGAACGUUGCUAGCGCAGCCUUGGCCAUCGCUGUUGUCGCCUUGGUGAUCGCUGCCGGGCAACUUUUACAGCAGCUAUUUGGGACCGCAGAUGGCUACCGCAGGUGCCAACGAUCCGUUAUUGGCGGUUGGUCGAAGCUGGUGCGCCGGCGCUUCAUGUGGUCCUCGUUCCGACUUGAAGUGAGAGUCACGACACCUCACUUUGAAAUAUGCCCACUGGACAAGGCUCAACGAUUGUCAAUGCGCAUACCAAGUGGUAUAUCCGUAGACAAAGACUCAACGCAGAGGAUUGCCAUUACAGGGUCCGAUGAUUCUCGGCGACGAACGUUCAGUCGUGCUCAGUCUUCACCCAGCGCCUCGUUUGAGGACGAUGAAGACGAGGACGCCGUGAGCUGGUCAUUGCUUCUUGUUGCACUUCACAAUCGUCAGCAACUCCAGCUUAUGAACGCAACACAAGCCUUGUAUUACUUCAAUAGUGGUGUGUGUUCCUCCCAGAUUAACCCCAAGCAGUACGCUUCUAUCAAUCCCAAAAACGCAAUUCUGUGUGUCAACCCCAAAACUAGGUCGUGGGACCUCAUGCCUCCAGAUGUCGUUCGACCUGUAGCCAGUACAACGCUCGGGACACUGAUAUCUAUGGCGCACCGCAUGGGAAUGGUUUGGGUUGAUUUAAUACCACGUGAGGGGAAACUUCGAGCCGAGGGAUUUGGUCAGAGUUUAUCUGCGACAUUAAUGCGCGGCAUGGGAAUUGUUGUGGAGUACAAUGUCGAGCCCAGCCUUCGCCCCACUCACCAUCAGACGAUAUACUCCUCUCUGUAUGUUCCAUCUUCAGAUGCUGAUAAGAUGGCAUGUGGCAUUAUUCCAGGCAACGAACUCAUGCACACUUACGACAUCCACGUCAGAAGUGGUGACCACGAUCCAGACACUAAGCUCAUCGCAAAAGCCUUGGGUGUCAUGGGUGUUGGAAACCCAGCCAUCGAUGCUAUCUCACAAAGCGUUCACCAUGCAAACUCAGGUCACCACUGGCCUGCUUUUGUGGAUCUGCUUGGAAUGUGGUCCGACUGGCUGCCUUUUCCCGAAACACCAAUAAACUCUGUCCUCAGCCCCGUUGGACAUCGCAUCUACACCAUGGGUGAGGCAUACGAAGCAAGAGUGGUGUGGAGAUGGAUUCUGCAAGAGCAAGAGGCGCCUUCAGUCUUCAAACAACGAGUGUUGCAGUUCUACAAUGCGUGGGCACUUAAGGAGCCCCGUCAAUUCUAUGGCUACUACAAGCUCACUGGAAAUGCGUUGGAAAAUCGUAAGAGCAUUUCGUUCUUCAAGAGCAUGUAUGACGAAACUACCGUCUACUUCUCUAUGUUAUUUGGCACGAAAACUCCUUUCUAUACAGAUCUUGUUGCGUCUCACAUCAAUGCUAAUGCGCACUCGCUUCGGCGAGCAGAUGAACACGUCAAAGCCGGUACGUCUCGUAAUGAUGGGAGAGUAGGACGUAAUCUGUGGGACACACUUUUCACAGAGCGCGCAUUUAUUUACGUCGACAACAUACCAGAAGUGGUGGAAUUCAUGAGACUCCGACACGACUUUUCAGCAGACGUGAUAGAAGACGCUUGGUGGAUGCUCAUGCUACGCGCACAGUGCUGGGAAAUGGGUGUCGAUCGCAUCGUGCAGAAGUCCUGUGUGCCGAGUAGCUAUUACAACAGUCCGACCAGAGUUUAUAUUCUGUAGGAAUGCGGACUUCAACGACAAGGCCUUCCGCAGUUCGAUAUCGAUUAUGCACUCCAUCUCAGAUUCCUCGUACAUACAUGUUCAGUCCUUUUUUGCGUCACUUCGCGUCAUCUCUUGCGUACUCACCACAUGCUCAUGCG